AUGAACGUCAAUAACCUCCGUUCUGAUGCGGAAGAGCAUCUGAAGCUGGCUCAAGGUACAGCGGAUGUCUCCGAUCAAGAUGAAAACUGGAACGAAGCGUUGAUCACAACACCACUCUUCACCUUGGCCGCGUCUGAGAGUCUUGCCGCUAACCAUGAGAAUGGGGAUGCGGACAAGGAUAAACGGACAAAGAAAGAAUCUUCCAUCCAAUAUGGGCUUCUUGGAAUGCGUAUCCAGGGUCCUGGAGAUACUUCUGAGCCGAACAAUCUUGUGUACACCAAUGUAUCGGCCCCAUGGUCUGCAUUUAUUUGCGGUAGCCAAGGGUCUGGAAAAAGCCAUACAUUCUCAUGCUUGCUGGAGAACAUGCUGAUGUCUCCCUCCCCUGUGGGAAAGUUGAAUUCCCCUCUUACUGGCCUGGCUAUGCAUUAUGACAAGUUCACGACCUUCUCGAGCACCCAACUCAGCGAAGCUGCGUACCUCUUCACCGCCGGUAUUCCUGUGAGAGUUCUUGUUUCGCCCACAAACUACUCUACUAUGAAAGCCGCAUAUGAGGGAAUAUCGAAGGGUAACAGGUUGUUCGUUGUCGAGCCUCUGUAUCUUCCACAGAGAUAUCUCAACACCAGCAUGAUGAAGACUCUGAUGGGCAUCAACAACAAAGCGGGACAGCCACUUUACAUGGAGGUCGUCCUGAAGAUUCUUCGACAGAUGGCCGUUAUGAACCAGGGACAAGCGGGAUUCAACUAUGCCGAAUUCAAGCGUAGACUUGCAUGCGAGGAGUUCAUCAGAGGUCAGCUAGGACCACUGCACAUGCGCUUGGAGGUUCUGGAAUCGUUCUUCGAGCCUGGUUCCGUGCCUAACGUAAAGUCGAACGGCCCCAGGGUGGCGACCAGGAGCACAUGGAGCUUCCCUCCUGGAAGUUUGACCAUCAUUGACCUGAGCUGUCCAUUUGUUGACCCAGAAGAUGCAUGUGUUCUUUUCAACAUCUCUGCCUCGUUGUUCCUGAAGGACCGUCGUGAAACCGGUCGAGUCAUUGCUAUGGAUGAAGCCCACAAGUUUUUGAACUCCACCGCACCCGAAGCCCUCGAGCUUACCGAGACUUUGCUGUCCAUCAUUCGACAGCAGCGCCAUCUCGCCACCCGCGUCCUGAUCGCGACACAGGAGCCAACACUCGCUCCAGCGCUACUCGAACUGUGCAACAUGACCAUCAUUCACCGAUUCUCAUCCCCUGCAUGGUAUCGAGCAAUCAAGGCGCACAUUGCAGGCGCAGAUAACAACAACAACCAGGAUGUCCAGAGUGGCAAGAUCUUCGACAAAAUUGUCCGCCUGGCGACGGGUGAAGGACUCUUGUUUUGCCCAACUGCUCUCUUGGAUGUUGGAAGAAUGGCGGAAAGCGAGAUCGGCGGGCGCUACUCAAAUGAGCUGUUCGAGGCUUUCAGUACCUCAGAGUAUGGGACUACCUCGCGAAAGGGCGGUUACUUCAACGCCGAGACCGCGAACAGUAGCUGGGGCCGCGCUGGGAAUGCCACUCAACCUGUUAGGGGUCUCCCUUACCCACUUGGAUCUGGACACGCCCUUAUUCGAGUGCGACAGAGAAUCACUGCCGACGGUGGACGCAGUAUGUUGGAGCUUUGA